UACCGAAGCAGAUAGGUACAAAUACAACGGUCACUUGCACUAAACGUGGACCAUAGCGGCGGCACGUUCCUGCUGCCGAAAUUCGAGGACAAGCAGUACGUUGCGCCUUUAGCGCAAAUGACUAAGAGCAAAUUUCGACUCCAAAAGUUUUACAUAGGUAAUGUGGUAGAAGCUGCAGAGAAUUUGUGAAAAUAAUCUCUAAGUCACGCUAGAAACAUUUUAAAAAAUGAAAUCAUAUUCCAGGGGCACACAAGUUGCUCCUCUGAAAUGUCCCGGUAAGUCUUUCGGUGUCAAUAUACAUAAUGAUCCUAAAGCCAUGUUAUUCUCGGCGAACUCCCCGUCCCGCCACCACAUUGUAGGGGCUUCAGAGAAAGGUCAGUAAAUGCUGCCCUUGUCAGAAAAUCCUCAUCCCGAGAUUUUAAACGAAUGCUUGUUGUGAAGUAAUCAUUUCAAACUGCUGAGAACAUCGAGCACCCUGAUUUAAUAAUUAACCUUGCAGCAAAGCGGUGUGUACUAUAUAUAAUCUUGCAGAAUGGCGUGAACGUAUACAUGGUACAGCACUUGUUUAAUUCCGUCUCUGACAUGCAGUUUAUGCGGAUUAGGAAUGUACCUACUUUUUAAAAAUUCUGAAUAACUGUACUAAUAAGGAGAUAAGGUUUUGCUCUUAGAUCGAGGAAUCUGCUGUGCCGUGGGUUGGUUGGGACUGGAUAAGCACGGAAGCAGUAGCUAAGUACCUGCAGACGUGAAGCAGGAAGGAUCGGGUGACAGUUGACGUGACUGGGGUCUGUUCCAACAACCCCUUCUCCCCGAUACUUUCAUCCCAGAUUCACACUGGAGGUUGUAGCUCUCAGCAAGGAGCUGCUGAUCGCGCCCUGUGUCAGUUUCCACACCCACCCACACAACAACCUUUCUUAAUACCUGCUGAUGAAAUGAGCCGGUGAGAGGAGCGCAAGGUUUUGCCGUGCAACGCUGGGAUUAAUUGCACCGAAAGGCAAGAAAGUGGAAAAUUUAUGUUGGAUUUUGAUCUCCGGAUGCUAUCUUCACAAACUAAAAAAAAACUCUGCUUCUCCACUCAGAAAAAAAAAGCACGGUGCAAUGAGACUGUUAGAUCCCCGAGUGUAUUAAAACCAUUCUAAACGUCCCUCUUUAUGCAUCUUUCUCACCGUCUCUGUAUAUUCCUCAUUUUUUUCUGCCUCUAUACGUACAUAUCUAUCUCUAUCCCUCUUAUCCCUUUCUUUCUCUAUUCCAUCACCCCUCCCCCUCACCAACUGCCAACUCUCUGACUCGAUCUCCCCCUUGCUACCUCGAUCGUUCUUCUUAGCAGUUAAAACGGCUCUGAGUCUGGAAUGGGAAACAACGCAAGGGUCUUGAAGAAUUAAAAACAAAGCCCCGGGUGACUCCGGUAUGGUGAACGACAGGUGGAAAGAUACUGAUGGGGGUCAACAAGACGGCCCAAAGCAAAAUACCCAGAAGCUGAGCUGUGGCUACAUACUCUGUAUGGUCCUGCUCUUCCUGGCUGUGUUACUGGCCAUGGCAGUAACAGGAACUCUCCUCUUCCUCAACCAUUACCACCAGGCCACGGGCACACCACCUCUCAUCAGCACCAACCAGGACAAGACGCAAGCCCUGGUUACCAUUGACCAGGCUGACAGGUCAAGGAUCAACAUCUUUGUCGACCCUAACUGCCCGGAUUACAAGAGUGACCUGGACCAUUUGGAAAGCCUCCAGUCAUCUGUUCUCACUGCUGUGUCCAGUCGUGGAGAGCAGAUGGGGGCGAGUGAGGGGCAGGACAUGGCGAUGCUGGUCACAGUUGCUGAUCAAGUAUCCAGGCUCUCAUCCCAGCUGAGAAAGGAAUAUGAGGCCUUGAAACAAGGCCAAGGCAGCUUGAGACAAGAACUCAAUUCACACCAGUCAGAGCAAGGCAGGUUAAUUGAGCUGCUCUCAGAGAGUCAGGUUAACUUGGUUAAAGUCGUAGGGUCAAUGAGUGAUGCAUUGGAUUCUCUCCAGAGAGAACAAGGAGCCUUAAAACCCCAUGUGAAGGCGAAUCUAGUGAAAGGACCAACCAAACAUCGCCCCAAGCAUUGCCCAAGUGACCCUCGCCCCAAAGACUGUUAUGAUAUCUUCUUGAGGGGGCAUAAGGAAGAUGGAAUAUAUUCUGUUUUUCCUACCCAUUAUCCAGCAGGAUUUCAGGUCUCGUGUGACAUGACGGUGGCUGGUGGAGGCUGGACAGUAUUUCAGCGCCGGAAAGAUGGAUCAGUGAAUUUUUUCCAAGGCUGGGAUGCCUACAAAGAUGGAUUUGGGAGGAUAACAGGAGAGCACUGGUUGGGUCUGAAAAGGAUUCAUGCUCUCACCAUUCAGUCACAUUACGAACUCCGUGUGGAGCUGGAAGACUUUGAAAACAGCACUGCUUAUGCACAGUAUGGGACAUUUGGGAUUGGACUGUUCUCUGUUGAUCCAGAAAGGGACAGCUAUCCACUGACUGUGGAAGACUACUCCGGAACUGCAGGGGACUCCCUCCUGAAACACAGUGGAAUGAGAUUCACUACUAAGGAUCGGGACAAUGAUCUCUCCAUGAAUAAUUGUGCGUUGUUCUACCAUGGCGCCUGGUGGUAUCAUAAUUGCCAUACUUCCAACCUUAACGGCCGAUACCUGAAGGGUCAUCACACCUCAUACGCAAAUGGCAUUGAGUGGUCCUCCUGGACUGGCUGGCAGUAUUCACUCAAAUUUGUAGAGAUGAAGAUCAGGCCAAGAAAUGGAGGCCAAUAA